UGCUCUUUGCUUUGCUUUGCUCCAUUGAGUUUCAGAAUGGGUAAACAUCUCUCUUUCUUUCUACUGCUAUUCUCCUUCAUUUCAGGAGGAACCUUGAUGAAGAUAAAUGGACAGAAAACAUGGUGCAUAGCUAAGCCAUCAUCAGACCAGGCAACUCUUUUGACAAACGUAAACUAUGCAUGUUCUAAAGUGGAUUGCCAAAUCAUACAAAAAGGUUGUCCAUGUUUCAAUCCAGAUAAUCUCAUCAACCAUGCUUCCAUUGCCAUGAAUCUUUACUACCAAUCCAUGGGUAGAAACGUUUGGAACUGCGAUUUCAAAGGAUCUGGUCUCAUUGUCAUCACUGAUCCAAGUUAUGGCAACUGCCUUUAUGCUUAGCAAGCGGCCAUUGAUGCAAGCAAUUACUCUUUUAUGUUUUUCCCUUUGGAAAUUGUUAGUCACUUUUGAGGUUUUAUGUAUUAAAUAAUAAUAAAAUGGUGGAUUAUUAGUUUAUGAUAUUAAA